AUGGAAUAUACUACAUUAAAAGAUGGAUUUACAUUUCCAAAGAUUAUCAAUGGAAUGUGGCAGGUUACAGGUGGUCAUGGAAAGAUAAACUAUAAGAAUGCACUUAAUGAUAUGGUGGAAUAUAUAAGUAGUGGUUUGAAUACAUUUGAUAUGGCAGAUCAUUAUGGACCGGCAGAAGAUCUCUAUGGUGAAGUUCUAGUUCAAGUUAGAAAAGGUGAAGUUAAACUUAAUCCUAAUCAAACAUCAUUUAAUUUACUUUACUUUUUUAUAUUUGUUUGGUGUGUUCUAGUUGUUGGAUUUACAAAAUGGUUUCCAAGACCUGGUGUUGUAACUUUAGAGUCAACUACAAAAGCUAUCAAUAGAGCUGCCUCUAGAAUGAAAUUAGACAAGAUCGAAUUACUACAGUUUCAUUGGUGGGACUAUGACGAUGAGAGAUAUAUAGAUGCAUUGAAGGCAUUGGUAACAUUGAAAAAUCAGUCGAAACCACUGAUAUCUCACAUUGGACUGACAAACUUUGACACCAAACGACUGCAAAUCAUCAAGGAAUCGAUAGGUAUUGAAAACAACAUUGUUACCAACCAAGUUUCAUACUCAAUCAUUGACAGACGUUGUGAGAAAUCAAUGGUACAAUUCUGUAAUAAUAACGAUAUUUAUAUAAUUGCAUAUGGUGUAUGUUUAGGUGGAUUAAUCUCUGAAAAAUUCUUGGGUGUACCGGAACCAUCACAAGUAGCGUUGAAUACAUGGAGUUUACAAAAGUAUAGGGAUUAUGUUGAGAGAUGGGGUGGAUGGCGAUUGUUCCAGGAUCUCCUUGAAGUACUGAAAAAGGUUGGUAAUAAACAUGGUGUAUCGCUUACGGUUGUUGCCAUCAGAUACAUACUUGACAAACCUAGAGUCGGUGCACUUGUCAUUGGAUGCAGAUGGGGUAUCACCAAACACAUCGACGAUCUUACAAUGACUCUAUUUUCAUUCUCGCUGGACAAAGAUGAUCUACGACUCAUUGAAUCGAUUGUAUCAAAAGGUGAUACAAUGUUAGGUUGGACUGAUUGUGGUGAUGAAUAUCGUUAA